AACGGAGAGCCGGGCCUCGGUGUGAAGGAGACGGAGCUGACGCCAGGAGUGCAAGCAGGUUCCGCCGGCGAGCAGAGAGUAGGAGAGGCGCCCCGAGGCAGCUGGGAUCGGGUGCGGGGGUGGCGCUCGGCUAGGUGGAGGCCCGAACAUCGAUUGUGAGGCGAGGCCUGAGGCCUAGAACAGCGGGAUGAAGUUCCAGUAUAAGGAGGAGCAUCUGUUCGAGAAGCGGCGCUCGGAGGGCGAGAAGAUCCGCAAGAAAUACCCGGACCGCGUACCGGUGAUCGUAGAAAAGGCCCCAAAGGCCAGGAUAGGGGACCUGGACAAGAAGAAGUACCUCGUGCCAUCUGACCUGACAGUGGGACAGUUCUACUUCCUGAUUCGUAAGCGCAUUCAUCUAAGGGCUGAGGACGCCCUGUUCUUUUUCGUGAACAACGUCAUUCCACCAACCAGUGCGACCAUGGGACAGCUGUACCAGGAACACCAUGAAGAAGACUUCUUUCUGUAUAUCGCUUACAGUGACGAAAGUGUUUAUGGGAUGUAGUCCCACACAUUGCUGCUCAUCACUUCAGAGGCCAAGCAUUCUCUGCACUUCCUGGUGUGCCCUUUAACCGCUGACCUGUGCAUCUGUCGUUUCCUCCUGGAGAAAUGGGGCUGGGCUUCAUGUGGGGUGGGGGGGGGGGGUGUGAGUGAUGAGCCUUCAAAUUCAUUUGUUCUGAUUUGUUGAGUUUAGAGGCUUUGGUGUUGUGAUUUCUGCAGUCCUGCUUUUGGCUGUUUUUGUUUUUAUUUCCCUUUUUCAUUGUGUUGGGGAGUGGCUAGGUUUGGAGGGGAUGGAGAAUGUCCUUCCUGGGUUAUUAAUUCUCCUUUUAAAAUGUCAAAGUUGAACAGAUGAGUCUUCUGCCAGCUGUGCUCUGUAUCUCCCUAAGGACACACCUCAUGUACCUUGGAGGCUAAUAAUAAAACAUCAGUACGUA